ACUAAAUUGAUUUGCGGACUCCAAUUUCUUGUUUCUCACUCUGUUUUUUUCUUUUGCUGUUUGCACAGUCGAUCUGCGCGUGCUGUUGAAUUGUUAGACACUUUUCCGGAUAGCGACUUCAUCCAGAUCCAUGGCAGUCAAUCAGUGCGAUGGUCUUCUAUCCCAGCCGCAAGCAACUUGACGCACGCAGUGGUUGUAAUACCGAGAAAACCUGGCCCGUAUAAUUUUACAAGUGCCACCGUAAAUUACAUAGCCGGUGAAGAUGACAAAACAACGGUGUGUACCAUGACAUUGCAGUGUCACAUAUUACUCUGUUUUGAUCCCCUGAUUUGCGAUUUAAACCAACUACCAUCCCUCCGAUAA